AUGAUGGGUUGUCCGCAGCAGCGUGGGGGAAAGAGAGAUUCAUCGGUCAUAGCAGCGUUGAAACUACAGGAAGCUGCCCAGGUUGCAAUCGAAUGGGGUGAGAGCAACCUCGUGCAGUUCGAGGCGAAGAAGACCGAGGCGGUCUUGUUCACCCGCAAGCGUGGACAGGAGCUACGGAAUCAAAUUCAGCGGGCCCGCAUCAUGGUAGGAGGCCAUUCAGUCUCAUUUAACCACGAGGCCACCCGGUGGCUGGGGAUCUGGCUAGACGCCGGCCUCACACUAAAGAUGCACUAUCAGACACGCCUUCGCAAGACCCGGAAUGCAGAAUCUCGGGUUCAAUCCUUAUGUCGCGUACAAGGCCUAGCGCCAGGCCUGGUCCAUCGGAUCCAGGUGGCUGCGGUACAGUCGGUAGCCCUGUACGGAGCAGAACUCUGGUGGCGCGGCCAAAAGGACUGUAUCACGGGAAUGCAGCGGAUGAUCAACAGACAAGCCCGUGCGAUCACAGGAAUGCUUAAGACCACACCCGUGGGUCUCUUGAAUAGGGAAGCGGGUCUAACGCCGGCCGAGGUCCUCCUUGAGGGCCGUCAGCUGCGGUACACGGCUCGGCUGCUUAGCCUACCGGACGAUAGUCCAGCCAGAUCAAUCCUCCCGGUUAGUUUUCGGGAGGGCGACCAACAUGCGCAACCUGGGGAGCACACCCCUGGAAAUCGACUCUGGGCCGAACCGCACGGCCGGGGACCAUGGUCGUUAGGACAGCACCUAGCGCGACAACUAGCAAACAUCCUCCCAGCCGAUCCAUCUGCGGGCUUCGAGAGCGCUCGGCGUGGUAAUGGCAGCGGAUUUCUAGGGAGGAUCAUUGUCCAAAGGACUGAGGACUCUCUCACCGCAGCGCGGACGGUGCAACCAGGCAGCGCGAUUUGGUCAGAUGGGUCGAGGCUCGAGAACGGCCGGACAGGAGCAGGGAUUGCCUGGCAAGAGCCUUGCGGAGAGUGGAGGACCCGGAGCUUUCCCCUUGGAACGGGACGAGAAGUCUUUGAUGCGGAGCUUGUGGGAGUCGUGCAGGCCCUCCAGGCCGCACUGAAAGUGGAUGACAGUGGUCCAAUCACAGUUCUGCUGGAUUCCCAAGCCGCGAUUGCGAGGCUGCGACACACGCAAGCAGGCCCCGGUCAGGAACUGACGCUUCGAGCUCACGCAGCAGCCAGAGCUCUACAGGAGCGAGGCCGAGAAACCAUCAUUCAAUGGGUGCCCGGCCAUGCCGGAAUCGAGGGAAAUGAGAAAGCUGAUGAAGCGGCAAAGCUCGCGGCUAGUCGACCGGGGUGCCAUCCAGAAGGAAUCACAGGACUCUCACUGGCGUUUGUCAACCGGACGUGCACGGAGAACAUCCAAAACCGCAAACAAGUCUGGCUCGCCCGAGAUUUAGCAAAGCGUUCUCGCUAUAAACAGCGAACCUAUCGACCGUAUCGAGGCUGGACACUGGACCCAGUCGCAUCGCGAGCCCUGAAACCGCUGGCCACCCGCUUCUUCCAGUUAAAGAGCGGCCAUGCGGCUAUCGGAGCUCACCUCCACCAGAUUCACGCACGGGAAAGCCCUGCGUGUGAGAAAGGCGAUGCACCGAAAGAGACCGUGCAUCACGUUCUCUUUGAAUGUCGAGCGUGGCAGCACCAGCGAAUCAAGCUGUACCGCGCGCUGGAUCGAGCUGGGGUCACCAGACCGUCAGCAGCCGAAGAGUGCCCAGAAGGCAGGCUUCUUGGGGAACCGAAGGCAACAGAGGCCAUCUUACAAUUUUUGGCCAUGACGAAGGCAGCCCUGCCUCAAGACCAUCACCUGGCUUUGGCAGAGCGAGCUCGACGAGAUGAUGAAUGGGGAUUAGAGGACUUGGAGGAAACUGAGAGGAUGGGGGAAGGAUAG